GCGGACAAACUACAUUCGAACUUUGUCUAAAUUGACCUAUAUUUGGGUCUAGAGUCUAAAAUACGUACUGAAUAACAUUGAAAGCCAUAAAGCACUGUCUAAGCGACCUSAAAGAAAGUAACGUACUUGAAAAAGAGGAAAUUUUUGCUUUGGAACUGCAAAAGCUUGUUUUCUUUGCAUCAUUUAACAGCUGAGAAAAAUGCAUGACUGAUCUUGUACUACACCUUCUAAGUAACUUUAAGGAUUGACACUUCCUCUGCAUAUGGAUAUACAAUAAGCAUGGAUUCUCUGACUUAUUUGCGGAUUUGUUCAUUAUCCAUGCGAGUUUAUGAAUAAUUCGUAUUUAAAAGUGGAAUUUUCCUUUUCGAAGGAGGGUCAGGUGUUCAAGUUAUAAUAUCUCAACAAAGAUGAACAGCGACGAAAUCGAGCUGCUUUCGAACUCAAAGUAUCGUCAGUUUAUCAGUGCUGUUGAUAAGGCACUCAAGAACUUUGAAUAUUCCAGCGAAUGGGCUGACCUUAUAUCAGCAUUGGGGAAACUUAACAAGGUACUCAUACUCCAUCCAAAGUUCAAAGUUGUCCCUCGCAAGAUCAUCAUCGCCAAGAGACUCUCGCAAUGUACUCACCCAGCUCUACCGAGCGGUGUUCACUUAAAAGCUCUAGAAACAUACGAGUUAAUCUUCAGAAGACUCGGAAACAAAGGACUUUCUCAGGAUCUUUUCAUUUACACGUCUGGUUUGUUCCCCUUGCUUGGAAAUGCGUCAAUGUCAGUCAAGCCAGCUUUGAUGGGAAUCUAUGAAGAGUAUUUUGUUUCAUUGGGGAAAGCACUGAUACCAUGUCUUCCUGGACUGUUAUUGGGUCUUCUUCCUGGAAUUGAAGAGGGCUCUGAAUACACUAAUAGGACCAUGACGAUCCUAGAAAACAUUAGUCAAAAGACUGACAUGACAAUAUUCUAUGGUACCAUGUGGUCUUGUAUCCUAGCAACAACAAGCAUACGACUACCAGCAGUAACCUUCAUUAUGUCACGCCUCAGCAAGAAAACAGCUACUAAACAGGAUUACAUACUUGGCAAUGACAUUCCUUUGAUGGUCCAAGCAGUCUGCCUGGCCCUAUCUGACCCUAACGUCCUUGUCCAGAGAUCGUUACUUGAAUUUCUCCUUACUUUUCUACCAAUGAAUACCAACCUUGUAACAUCAGCUCAGAAAGUCAAGCUAGUAGCUGCUGGCCUGAGUUCUUUGCUACGUCGUGACAUGUCCUUGAAUAGACGACUCUACACAUGGCUUCUUGGACCAGAGGAUAAUAAACCUUUAACACGGGCUGACAGCAUUUCUAGUGUAGAAGAUGAAGUAAAUUCUACAGAGACAUAUUUUGAUGUCUAUUCCAAACCCGCAACAGUUGAGGCCCUAAGGGAACUUUUUAGGAGGCAUUAUAUAUCAAGUACCUCAAAAAAGCCCUUGAAAAAUGAAGCUUUAUGGCCUUUCAGGAUCCUCAUAAGUCUUCUUGAUAGGCCGGAGAUUGGUAGCACAGUACUGGAAGACGUUCUCAUUGAGGUUUUUAGAUUGUUGUACUUCCGUUGCAAAACAACCAAAAGAAAUAGCUCAAUAAGCGACGAUAUUGAAAGAAAAGACUCGGAAGAGGGGCUAUUGUCGGAUGAAGAUAGUACAACUGAUUCCUCCAGCAAGUCUAAGGUUACAGACGAUCUGAUAAAGACAGCUAAUUUACUGUUCAAUGCUUUUGAGCCGUACUUCAUGUGGGAGUAUGUCUGUAAGCUGUUGUCAGUCAGUUUUGUCGAGCAACAGCAGCAAGACGACAAAGAAGGAGUUUCAGAAGAUGAUGGCUCCAAAAAACCACACAAUACAGAAGAAACAAGAAUUCCAUCAACUUCUUUUUCUGAGGUUCUAAGAAUUACAGACUUUCUUCUUGAUGUUGUAGCGCUGGAGGCAGAUAUCGAGACACAGACGGAACACUGGCCACGCCUACUUUGCCACGUGACCAUGGAAAUGACGUCAAGAUGUCAAUCACUCAGUCUUUUGGAAAUUAGCGAAGGGAUUUCACUUUGUUCCAAGCUUCUUUCAAAAGUGAUGCCAUCAAUGAAGAGUGUUGAAAACAGCCCGAAAGAUGGCGUUUCAGUUACUGGAAGCUAUGUUUCUGAUGUUGACAGUAAAGAUGAUAUUUUAGCAACGAAAAACGACAAUAAAAAGGUUCAAAAUGAAAAGAACCAAGCGAAUUCAUCUUCAGACUCGAAAUCAAAUUCUAAGAGCGAAUCUACGAAAACGGAUGAAAGCCGUGUCAUCCAGGUAGCGAGAAUAUCACAAGGUGUCGAUGGCUGGAGUGUCGUUGAUCUUAGAAACAGAUUAGAGACUGAAGUGAAAGGGGACACCAAUGAUCAACCAUCACAAAAUGAAAUUACGGAAUCUGAUGACAGCGAAAUAAGUAAAACAGAUGACGAAACAGAGAAAAAUGAUUCUGAUUUUGCUAAUAAUGAAAAACAAGCUCAAAACGAGAAAAAGGAUAAUGAAACAAAAGCAAAUGGAAGAGAAAUUGAAAAAGAAGAGGAGAGUGAAAGUUACGAUGAAUGGUCUGAAUGUCAAGAGUCAUGUGACCCUAGUCAAUUGUCUGCGUUGAAAAGUGCCAGUGGUGUCUCCAUAGAGUCCACAGAUUCUAAUUUCUCCAAACUGGCUACAAACGCUUUUCAGCCGUCUCUAGUCCAGUCUUGUGUGCAUUACUUUCAAGCUUUUUUCUCUGAAUUUGUAAACCAGCGAAUAAUCUUAAUCAACGCACAAUUAAAUGAAAAUAAUGCCAACGAAAACCGCAGAAACUCUGCAGCUAUCCUUGAAGAACUUUUAAGCAAAUCAGACGAAAAAGAAUUCGAUUCAUCCAAUCAGGAGAAAGAUAGUACUGACGUCAUGAUUGAAAAGGGAUUGGAUGUGCGGUUACCAUGGGAGCAUGAAAGUUCUCUCUUGUGUGCUGAGGCGUUUGCUGCGGCCUGUAGACUGCUAGUUGAACUGUCUUGUUUUCCUGUGUAUUGCACAAAUGACUUUUCAUAUCACGACCCAAACCAAAUCGAUGGUGAAACAGGUCGCCGUCUUCCAGAAUGGCUGCAAGCUUUAAUUGUCUGUUGCUUUAGAGUAGAAGAUUUCAAUGUCCAAAGUUCAGCCGUGGGAACGCUUUUAGAUCUUGUUAACUUGACCCUGUCCGUCGCGCCCAACACGGACAGCGAGAGGCCUAAGUCUACUGUCGUGGUUGUUGUCAUACCAAUGAUAUCACACGCUAAUCUCAGCAUCAUAGAAGAGUCUUGUAUUUAUAAGGUUAUAGCGGAGAGCCUGUGGAGUCGUUUAUUACAUCGCUCAUCUCGCUAUCAUCAACGUAUUGUAGAGCUGUUCCUCCAGCUUCACAGCUUGACGCCGAGGCCUUCGCUUUGUGAGAAUGUGAUAACAAAUUUACUGAUUCAUCAAGACAAGGAAUUUCGUUUGGACAACCACUGGAAAUUCGCUGUGUUCUGGCAUACCGCACGAAAUGUGGUCAUUCAGGAUUCCGGACGAACUUCGCGACUUGGUGAUGUGCGUCCUCUAGACAGAGCCUUGUUUAUCAUGCUUGAUGGUUUAGAGAGCGAUGACCCAGAAAUAAGAGUGCUCACUAAACAGUGGCUUGCGCAUGCGCUACAGCACGGUGACCUGGGUCGCUUACUCGAUCCUCUAUUGGUGUUGUUGCUUCAUCCUGCUACAGCCCGUCUUUCUGUCCACCACGCAUGUGCAUUAGAGCAGAAAGCUAAGUCCAUUGAAGUGGUUGAUGAUAAGAGUGAUUUGGAUGACAACACGAGCCCUAGCGGAAGUGAAUUUGAUCGAGUAACUGAUAGUGAUCAUGAACAGACAAAAAAAAGAUCCAAAAGUUCUUUAAAAGGCAAAGAAAAGCCACAGAAACAAACCCAAGCUAACGACAAGACCCUCGUGCAUCCACUAGACCAGCACAAACUAGUCUACCAACUAAUCUACGACAGCAAGCUAACACUAUACGCUUUUAGUACGUUGCUAUCGGUAUUGAGGAGUGCUCCGCAUCAGUUUGUAUGCGCCGCUGCAACUUGUAGUGUCAGUUCAUCGAAUACACCUCAUCAGGACAAGAUUAAGGUUCUUCUUGCUAGACAUCGUAAGUCGUUGCUUGGUAAAGGGUUUUAUGGACCACUACACGAGACUCCUUUGUCGCCAAAAGCAAAGCAGAAGUCGUCUCGUUUGUUCGCGGGCCCACUGUUGUAUCUGAGACCCAACACAAGCAAGUAUCUCGAGAUUCUGAUCUCGGUCUCGUUGUACUUUAUACGGAGUGAAUACCCAGCCAGUUUGGAUCUUGAUAACCAUGACAUUGACGGUAACACCGAGGUGCAGAUGACCAGCGCUGACGUCCUGACUUCCGUCAUAUGGCAACUGGUCGAGGUUGUACGUGAAAAUGUCGUUGGUAUUGGUCCAUUUAUCAACGAUCUCUUCGCUCGAUGCAAAGUCCAGAAAGCUCUUCUCCACUGCAUUCUUAGUACACUGUACGAACGAACGGGCUGUAGCCUUCCUACUUCAAGCGACAAGAACGAUGUCAACCCAUCGCGCGUUUCCAAAACAUCCAAACCAUCACAACUGCGAGCUUUUCAAGUUAAGCUACUCAAGUUGAUUCAAGCGAUUUUUGUGCUUGAAGACAAUAUACAGGCUGUAGAGGCUACAACUCCAGAGCACCUUCGCUCGCCCGCUAAAAGCGACAGCGAUUCAACUCUACAAAGCAAUGCAUAUCGUUACUACCCUGGUAAAACUCUUGCAUAUCAGAGUAUGCUGAUGUCUGCAGUCAUGCAUGGAUUGCAGUAUGAUGAUUAUGAUUUGCAUCAUGAAUGGCUACGGUUUGUCAUCGCGUGUCUUCCUCACAUGAAAGGAGCGCUAGGGACCUGGGUCGUAGUUAUCGUUCAGCAGGUUGGACGGAUGUUGCAGGCUCAGACUGGACUGUACUUACCGCUGACCAAGAAUGAAAAUGGUAUUGCGGCGCACUCGCUAACGAGGUCGUUAACAUCAUCUCACCUAUCCUUACCACCCGAUUACAUACUGUCACUCUUGGAACACUUGGGAACUAUAUUGCACUUUUGCCUCGUCGAUAUUUUCCCCUCGUCACCAGGGCUCUCUCUAAAACCACGAGCAGCUCCAUUCCCAGCAUUCACUGGAAGCACAUCCACACAGGAAGCCCAAUCAGCUCAGAGUAGCGGUCAAAUCUUUGCCAACUUGCUUCACGUAUUUUCGAGCCAGUCCUCCUCUGUUAGUCAGACGACAAGUGUUGAAGGACCAAAGCCGUUCAUGGAGGCGAGAGAGGGGUUGUUGAGCGUGUUACCAUCAGUUCUGACAGCUUUGAUAUCGGUGUGGAGUUCGUGGGACCCUGAUGCGCAUGAAAACACGAGUCAUCGACUUCCUUCUGAGUCGUUCUUGGAUUUAAUUGGCUCACCAAAGUCUGUACGACUCCAGGUACUCGACCUUUUAACUCCAAUUGUCAUGAACCAUAUCAUCAUCUUCCUGGCCUCGCUGGCCGAUGUCUGGCACCAGAGAGGCAAACGAGGUCGUCAUUCGUCUAGCAAAUCGAGUCUUGUAGUAACCCGAGCCACCGAUGAACAGUCUUCUAUUGUCGACAUUGUUUACGCACUAAAGGCUCUGUCAUUUGAUAACAUCAUCGAGACCGUUAAGCAAAUUGUGCGACAAGUAACCACAAGUAAAGACAAAAGCACAGCAACUCAGAAUGGACUAGAGGUUCAUAUACUUCAGUUUUUCUAUCAUUACAUGGAGAAGUCAGCACACAAUCAAUUGGUCAACGCACGAUCGGCUCUCAUUUCGCUAAUGAAGGAAGGUUUACAGCUUAAUCAGCCACCAGCUUUGUUCCUGCUUUUAGUGAUACUGCGAUCGUAUGUACAGCGGAUUCCGUUGCAAGAGGACAAGAAGGCUAAAAAAGAAUUACAAGACAUCACCCAGCGUCUUAUCGAGGCAUGCAACAUUGUCGCUGGCUCAUCUCUUGAAAACGCCGCUUGGUUUCGUCGCAAUAUCUCAGUCAUCCCUCAAAUCGAUACAGCGGCCUCGUCGACGGACCAGUUCACAGAGUCAGAAAUAUCCGACUCCGAGCCUGCACUUGAACCGAUACCGCUGGCCAAGGCCAUCAGCAGCAGUAGUAGUCACUAUAGUACCCAGGCUCUCAGUGUAAUGGCAGAGGUCCUGGCACCUUUGUUGGACGUUGUAUUCGGUAGCGAAGAGAAAGAUCGCGUGACAAGUUUAUUGACUACCGUGAUGUAUAACGUCACGCCAUACCUGAAGCAUCACAGUCCUUCCAACAUACCCAACUUCCGCGCCUGCUGUGCCGUGGUAGCUUCACUCAGCGGUUAUCAGUACAUGCGCCGUGCGUGGAAGCGUGACGUCAUGGAGCAAGUGAUGGACAAUAGUUUCUUUCAGAUGGAUAUCACGUGCAUCGGCAGCUGGCGAACUAUCAUCGAUAAUCUGAUGACGCAGGAUACUACGUCAUUCAAGGAUCUCAUGGCUCGAGUGGCUGGAUUUAGCCAGAGUGCUUCUAUUAAUAUCUUUGCCAAUAGAGAGCAA